GGACCUCUCAACAAAGGUUUCACGGAUCUUGCCGAGAAAUACACUAAAGCAGGGAAGGGAGGGCCUUCCAAAUUGACGGAAACUCUGAACAGUUACAUCGGCGCGAUGGUACAGGAAAUACUCUUCCACAACGGGGACGUGUUGAAGUUCUCCGGGGACGCGUUCAUAGUAAUGUGGAAGCUCCACGAAGGGAUGAUGAUGAGGGACUUGGCAGUGGAAGCGAUGAACACCGCUUGCGUCAUUCAGAAACAUUUCGGGACUUACGACACGGAUGUUGGAGUCACUCUCAGAGUUAAAUUAGCCAUUGCUUCGGGAAAAACGUACUUCACCUCUAUAGGAGAUCCAGAAUCCGCGUCUUAUUACAUUAUCACUGGGAAACCGGUAUGGGACGUGAAAUAUGCCGAAGGCGUGCCGGUAAUGAACCAAAGGGGAAAUAUCACGAAGGAUCGCUAUUUUUAUUCGUGUUUUCUCAGAGGUGGUGACAUACUGGUGGCACCCAGCAGCUGGCAGUGGGUGAACCCACACGAAUACGUUCACGAAACGCUACCAGAUGGUAUACACACUCUUAUUAUAACUUGCACCAGCAUGUGGUAUCAAGCCAGGGACGACCUAUCAAUCAGCACCGACGAGGAGGAAGAAGAUGUGAAUAUGCCGGAAGUGCUGCAGGAACCGGUCUAUAUAUCUAAAACGAGAUUGGAUCACGAGUCCCAAGUCGCGAUGUUGAACCUAACUGGGAACAAUUACCAAGAGGACUUCAAACAAGUCGAUUAUAGCUUGCGGCCGAAGAUCGUGGAGAUAGCGAAAGCUCGGUUGAAAGGAGCUUUAAGGAGCUACAUGCUGAGGCCAGUGAUUCGAUCCGUGGAAAUGGACGAGCCUCUGGAGUAUUUAACCGAGAUGAGGCAAGUGGUGAUUCUGUUCAUCAACGUGAUCACUACGAACAUCAGGAAAAGGACGUUGAUCUCUCUUGUGAACUCGGCUUAUAAAUUAGUUUGCAAUAUCGUCGGCGAGAUGCACGGAUGCGUGAACAAAACAUCCCUCUUCGACAAGGACCUCAUGUUCCUGUGUGUGUUCGGUCUACGCGGCGACAAACACGAACUGGAAUCUCAGAUCGGUCUGAGAUGCGCGACGAAGCUACGAUCCAGUCUGCUAGCGAUGGAAAAUAUUAAAUCGGUGUCGGUGGGAGUCACGACGGGGAUGACGUAUUGUGGAGUAGUGGGUCACAUUUUGCGAAGGGAGUACACCGUGAUUGGGAUGUCCGUGAACAAGGCUGCCAGGCUCAUGGUCGUGUAUCGAGAUAAAGUUGUUUGCGAUCGAGAAAGUUUUCUUCAUUCUCAUCUCGAAGCAAGGCAUUUCAUUCUACAAGAACCGAGAUUCUUGAAAGGAAUCACAAACGUCGGUCCCAUAUACGAGUUUCAUGAACAGGCCAAGUACACUGUGACGGAUUUGGUUUGGAACAAGUAUCCUUUACUCGGUCGCGAUAGUGAGAUAAAACUUUUUAUAAGCAUGUUGACGGGACUGUUGGAGUAUUCUGCUAAGAGCAAAGCGCAACGCGGAGAUCGGCCGGAGUACAACACGUUGAUCAUAAAGGGUGAGCCACGAAUAGGGAAAACGAGAUUGCUAGACGAGUUCACUCAAAAUAUUCCGAUGGGAACGCGUUGUAAUUACGUUGCCUUGCAAGCUGCGGACGCCGAGGUUGACAGUUUACACAUUUCAAUUAAGCUUCACGAUCAAAUUAAUCGCUUGACGUACAGCCUGAUACACUUGAUAUUUUCAAUGCCUCUCGGUUUCACCCCAACGUCCACGCGAAAAGAACGCGAAGACAAGCUACUCAUGCGAUUAGGGAAAGUGAAGCGCACGCACUUCCUCUGCGUUCUUAAUCAACCGUUCAACGUGCGGUUCCCGAUCACGCCGUAUUACAACGCCCUGAACGAGGUGGACAAACUAAAAAUCCUGCGAAAGUUCGUGUUGAAAUUGAUGAAGGGCUGUUUCGAGGAAUUAUGGGUGGUGCUUAUAGACGACGCGGAGUACAGCGAUCAAGAAUCGUUGGACAUUUUCGAUGUACUCACGAAAAAAGAUAUGAUAUUCUUCGUGUUGAGCAUUGGGAGAAAACUGGGCACGGAUUUUCAAUUGUAUUACAGCUUUCUGUCUAGAGGAAAGGUAUGGAAUGUGGCGGAAUUAUACGGAAUAGAUAAAUGGUAUCACGCGGGGUUGGCCUGCCAAACGCUUAACGUGAACGGCCUGCCCGCAGAGCUCGAAAAACUCAUACAUGAGAGAAGUUUUGGGAAUCCUGGUUGGAUCGAGAGUUACUUAGUGAGCCUUCUUCAAGCGGGUGGCCUGGAGAUAGUGAACAUAACGAAAAAAGAAGCGAACGAGCUUGGCUACGUGCUCCCCUCUCUGACUAUGUUAAAAAGAUUUGUUUUAAACAACUUCACGGCCGGGGCUAGUCGCGAUUAUCGAAAGGACAGGUGGCAGAUGUACAGAGCGAGUUUCAAGGACAGCAUGCUGUCGUUGUUCGAAAAGCCUGGUGACCAUAUCGUAGAGAAAAACGAUUUGAGUAUCGACAACGACGAGACAAUGAUCGCAGUCUGUAAGAUCUCGGAGACCAUCACGUACGAGGACGUUGACCCAGAAAUCACGAUGGACGGUAAAGACAAACCGUUCGCAUUGUUCGACUCUUUGACGCCGCUUGACCAGCUCCUCUUGAAGUGCGCUUCCGUGAUCGGGGAGACGGUGAACAGGCACAUGUUAGAGAGCUUGAUGACGGUCACGUCUAAGAGAGAAAUUGGACUUGUAUUAAAAAUGGUCGAGCCUUUACUUAAAAGCUCUGAAUCAAGGUUGCUGACGGAAAAUCAGAAAAUGGAGCUGCACAAUCAGGCGUUGAAAUACCUGCAACACCACGCGAGGCGUUGCGUGCCCUGCGGUGAGGGACAAUUCGCCAAGUUAUUGGGUAAGGUGUCGACGAAAGAGGACAGGAAAAGAAAGAGAAAAAUCCCGAGUAUAGACGAGAUCUUCGAUAUGGAAUACGACUCAGCCUCGAACGAAGAUCAGCAUUUUAUUCUAUUUAUACUUUCAGAAGUCAAACCGUUUCUUUCGUGUAUAAAUGUGUUUCGACCCGUCGAAAAGAGGCCGAUGCUCACGUUCUCAGAUGUAGAUUUCACUAGCUGCCUGUGCGAUUUAAUACUGAUGACAGUGUACACGCAAAUGCUUGAGCACUGCCGCGGCAUUGGCAAAACCGAGAAGACGCUAAAUGUUAUACUAGAAUUUGCAGAUGUCUGUUUGAUGAUGUACAAUAUACCGCAAGCUCGCAAGCUUCUAGCGGAAAGCGAAGUCCUCCUUGGCGAGUUGUUCCACACGAACGAGGACGAGAUGAUCCUUCUGCCGUAUCUUUCGGCGAAGAUUCAAACUCUUCAGGGUCACUGCUUCCUCGAGAGUGGUUCACUUUUCGAAGCCGAGCAAAAGCUCGUGAUGGCAUUGCACAAUUUGGGCUUCAAAUUCCCAAAGAUGGAAAUAGUGAUCGAUUUGAAUUCGAUUUUACAAUUGAUCGAGCUGAAAUCGAGGCUGAUCUGUCUGAAGGUUUGGGAGCUUGACACCACUCAAGAAGACAUGAACGUGAAUUAUACAGAACAAUUGGCAGAAUGCCUGAUCCAAAUGUUUGAACUCUUCAGGACCAAAGGAAUGAAAAAACACGCGCGCCUGGCAGCGAUCUGGGGUCUCAACGCAGCUUUGAAAUCGAACAGAAGUUUGUCAGUUAUUUGCAUAUCGUACACUCACAUGCUGAUCACUGCGCACAUGUACAUAGAUCGGCAUAUAAUUCCUUAUUUGGAGCAAAAGAGCAUUGACAUUUGCAACGAGAGUAAAGAAGCACUCGAGGCUCAAGAGCUGAACGUGAUCGCGGAACUAUACGCAGGAAUAUUCUUUUCUCGCUGGAUAAGGGGGCUCAUCACUAAAGCCACACAGAUCGGAUUUAUUUGCUGUAGAAUUGCUAACACGAUCGGAUCCACGUUCUUGAGCUUAUUGAUAAUACCGCGAUUAGUUCACUUGCUUAUGAUCGCUUGCCGGCACUCGGAAGUGGUCACUCAGCUCAGAGAAUUAGAAUUUAUCUCGUUCCACGAUUUGGAUAAAUCCGGGCGAACUUGGUAUUUCGCGCUUUGCGCUGACGUACAUUUGGACACAGGGUUAACGAUCAUUCCGUUUCAAACUUGCGAACAGUACUUUCUACGGGAAGGCGAGCAAAUGAUUAGCCUGUUCGACCCGGAAGCGGAAAGACGAUAUUUCACGUCUAUGUGGCUCUGGUGCAUAAGAACUGAACAGUGGGAAGCUGCGAAAGUAUGGGGCAAUAGGAAGGCGGAAAGUACCUCCGUUAUGGACGAACAAAUAGUAGCGGCUACGAUUACUUCGUUGAAAAGAAUCGAAGGUCUAUUAAUCCUUUACGUGCACAGGACAAACAGCAGAAACGCUGACUCAGCCGUGACUAUGGCGGAGAUAAAUACGAUUUUUAAGAAUGUAAAAAAAGUUAUUAAGAUAGUGAAAAUAGCGCUACCCAGAUAUAUAUUAAUGAAGGCGUAUUAUUGGAUGAUCAGGUCUCGGAAGAAUAAAGCGAUGAAGUUGUUGAAAAAUUUGAAGAAGCUAUGCCAGAAGGUGGAGAACACUAUGAUUUACUUGUGGGCGGUCCACUGUCAGAAGGUUUGGUCAGGUGGGAUCUCGUCCGUGCAAACAGAUUUGUGGCGGGAAAUAACGGCGAGUCAAAUGCUCGAUCAAGGAGAUAUUCAGAGUGAGAUCAACGUCAACGAUACAAAUAUGAUUAUGUUCACUUUCCCCUUACCGAAUUAUCUUUACUAACGAUUGUUAAUUGUUAAAUACGAUUAAAAUAAUAUUCCCGGGUGCAAGUAAUUGUGACGCAGUAAUGAAAUAAGACUAAUUGUAAUAUAAUUUAUCACGUAAAGUGUUCCUCUACGAAUAAAAAUUUGAAUACAUAAAACAAA